AUGAUAGAAGAUCAAACUUUAUCACCAUCAUCAUCAUCAUCAGCCACACCUACAUCCCAACCACCACCUCGUCCAGAACUGACCAUAUCUUCAAUAGGUUCAUCAACAUCUUUAUCAUCUGAUAGAAUACCUUUACCUAAUCAUCUUAGCAUCAAUACUGCUAUUUCAUCUCCAUUAUCAAACAGUAAUAGUCAGAAUACUAAUAUUAAUGGAUUUCUUUCUGAUGGUAUAAGACUGGACACUGAAUCAUUUGUGGAAAAUGAAUUACUUGAUAAACGUAAUCUUAUAGAAGAAUUAAUCAACAACAAUAAUUUUGGUCAGGAAGGUGAUUUAUGGUAUCUUAUAUCUACUGAGUAUCUUAAUAAAUUCAUUAAUUUGGAAGUUUCAUCAUUUGAGGAGUUGAAAUCAUCAUUGGGUCCAAUUGAUUGUUCUACUAUUGUCGAUUUAAAUGGUAAUCUAUACCCUGAAGACAAUGAACCAGUGGGAACCUAUAAUAUAUCACCUGAAAUUUUUAAUUAUUUAUUGGAAUGGUUUGGUAUUAAAGGAGAUCCUAUCACAAGAUGCCUUAUAAUUAACGAUGAAACAGGUGCAAAAGAAGUCGAAAGAUUCCCUCCUUUGUUCUAUAUUCAUCAAUUGGGUAAAAAGUCUCAAAGUCAAUCAUCAUCAUACUUAAAUAGUCGUCAUUCUCAUAAUAAUCAUCAUCACAAUCAUCCUAUACCAAUUUCAAUUUCAAGAACAAAAAAGUUCAACGAUUUAUUAGACAUGGUUAGAAUAAAUAUUUUAAAAUCACCUAAGACUUCAUCUAUAAAUGAUUUCAGAAUAUGGUUUAUAGAUUGCCAAAACUUACAGGCUUUACCUCAAACUAUUACAGUAUUAAAUUUCAUUAAUGAUUUAACCAAUAAGAGUUUAGUGCAACAUUCGAUUCUAAAUGAUUCAUUAAAGAGUCAAGGUAUCAACUCAGUUUCAUACCAUAUAUUAGUAGAGUCCAAGGAUCAUACCACAAAAGCAUUUCCAAUCGAUACUUAUUUAAGUCUAAUCAAUUUUGAUCAAUUCGAUCUUGAUUUAAUAUUAUCCAAAAGUGGUCAUUUAGGUUUAAGCAAUCUUGGUAAUACAUGUUAUAUGAAUUCAGCAUUACAAUGUCUUUUACAUGUUCCAGAAAUUAACUAUUAUUUCUUUUAUAAUCUUUAUAAACAAGAAUUAAAUGUUGAUAAUCCUUUAGGAAAUCAUGGUGAUGUUGCCAACGUUUUUGGUUCCUUAUUGAAACAAGCAUUCGAUACAAAUCCUUCAUCUUCAAGAGCAUCAAGCAGCAGUAUAUCUCCAAGAGAAUUCAAAUCAACCAUUGGUCGUUAUUCUUCCAUGUUUUCAGGAUAUCUCCAACAAGAUUCUCAAGAAUUUCUAAGCUGGUUAUUAGAUGCUCUUCAUGAAGAUUUAAAUCGUAUUCAUAAGAAACCAUACUGUGAAAAACCAGAAUUGAAAGAUGAUGAAAUCAAUGAUCCUCAUGCUAUUGUUAGAUUAUCGAAUACUUGUUGGGAUCAACAUAAACAACGUAAUGAUUCUAUUAUUGUUGAUUUAUUUACAGGAUUAUAUCAAUCUACUUUAGUAUGUCCCGAUUGUUCAAAAACUUCCAUAACUUUUGAUCCAUUUAAUGAUGUUACCUUACCAUUACCAAUUAAUAAAAAAUGGUAUCAUACCUUUACUAUAGUUGAUUUAUCUGACGAAGGAUUACCAUUACCACAACGAAUUAUGAAAUUAGAGGUCGAAUUAAAUAAAACAUCUAAUUAUGAUGAAUUAUUGAAUUAUUUAAGUCAAUUUUUAUCAGUUCCAAGUAAUCAAUUGUUUCUUUUUGAAAUCUUUAGAAAUUCAUUUUAUAGUGAUUUCCAAUUAGACUAUCAAAAGAAUAAGUUUUUGCCUAUUAGUGAUAUCAUAAAGGAUACCGAUGAUGUUCUUGUUUAUUAUAUUCCUCAUGAUCCUGAUACCGACAUGACUGUUUUAGUAUAUAAUACAGUCGAAGAUCCAGAUAAGUCUUAUAAAGUUAAAGAUUCAUUCGGAAUACCGUUGUUUAUAACAUUAAAUAAAGAUAUGGAAUCGGCAAGUUUUGGAUUAAUACGAGAAAAAUUACAACAAAAGGCUAGUGUUUUAUCUAAGAUUAAUAUUGAUGAGGAAUAUACUAAAAUAAAACAAGAAUCAAUUGGCUACGUUGAUAGGAAGUUUUAUAGAUCUGAAGAUUUCCCAUUAUUAUACCAGGGUAAUACUCUUCACAGCUCAUUUAAGAAGGAGGUAGAGCCUGCUGCGCUGAUUGAUGAUGUCGUGGACGAAAUAGAUGACGAAGUCAAACUUGAUCAAGAACAAGAUGUCGAAGAUGAAGAUGACGAAGGUUAUCAAUCAGAUAUUUCGUUAGCUAAUCCAUACGUUGGUGCCAAUUUCGGAUUCACAAUUAAGUAUUCCCAAAACCAUUUCCAUAAGCCUCAUAAUAAUCUUCGUAAUAGAAUUCAUAUGGAAUCAAGAGCAUCAGCCAACACAUAUAUUCAUGUUCCACUACACAAGCCAAACUUUUCCGAGUUUCAUUUAUUGGCUGACAAAUUGCCUGAGCUCAAAAGGACUUACUAUCAUUACCCCGAUUAUAAUAGCAAAUUAGAUCAAGAGAUGGACGAUUUAGCUGCCGAGGUUGAUAAUGGAAGUGUAUCAUCACCAACAUCCGAUUCUACCACGAAAACAAAUGAAGAGGAUGGAUUUAUUCUUGUUGAAAACAAGGAUGCAAUGAAGCGUCCCCCAGCUUUACCGUCAAGAAAUUUAAUUUCUCAACAUUCAAAUCUGUCUGACGAAGAUACCGAAAGUGAACCUAAUCUUGGAAGCUUAUUUGAUUCUACGACAACUCUACCAUUACCAGCAUUACCGUAUGCAGACUCUAUAAAGCCAUCUACUGCUAAUUCACCAAUAGAUCCUCCAUCUGGGAUUGCAUCACCUAAGAUCGAGGCUAAUGUCAGUCAAGAAGCAUUAGUUAACAAGGAUGGAAUAUUAUUAUGUCAUUGGGACUAUAAAAUUUAUAAACAAUUAUUCGGCGAGGUUGAUGUACAAACUUGGGCCGAUAUUCCAUUUUUACCUAAUCCUGAAUUAGAACGCAAUAAAGCUCGAUUUGAAAGACAAAGGAAAACUAAAGUGUCUUUGUAUGACUGUUUGAAUUCUUUCAGUACUCCAGAAAUUUUGGGAGAACAGGAUUUAUGGUAUUGUCCUCGUUGUAAGGACCAUAAAAGAGCCACUAAAACCAUCCAACUUUGGUCAACUGGGGAUAUCUUAACCAUUCAUUUGAAACGUUUCCAUAGUGCUAGAGCUUUCAGUGAUAAAAUUGAUAUGAUAGUGGAUUUCCCUAUUGAAGGAUUAGAUAUUUCACCUUACAUAUCAAAUCCUGAACACGGUGAAGAUAUUUAUGAUUUAAUUGCUGUUGAUAAUCAUUAUGGUGGAUUAGGUGGUGGACAUUAUACAGCAUCAGUCAAGAACUUUAGGGAUCAAAAAUGGUAUUACUUCAAUGAUAGUAGAGUAACUGAAAUCAAUGAUCCAGAAGAAUCGAUAAGUGGUGCCGCUUACUUAUUAUUUUAUAGAAGAAGAAAAGCUACUGGAGACCAUGAUGAUUUCUUAGGAGGAGACAAAUUGAAUGAAUUAAUCAAUAACGGUCGUGAAGCCAACAGAAAAAGCUUAAUUAAAAAGAAAGCUAGUUUGGAAAUAAUUCAAAAGCAAAUCAAGGAUUAUACAGCAAAUGAAGAAGUACUCCAAAAAGAAUUAGAACUAGACAGAGAAAUUGAAGAAAGAAAGCUCAGAGAUGCCGAGGCUAAUAAUGGUUCCAAAGAUGAAGAUGACGAUGUGACUGCAGCUGCUGAUGAAGAAGAAGACGAAGAAGAUGAAAUAGACGGUGAUGUGGCGGAGUCAGGAGAAAAUGCUUUAAAGGCUCCAGAAAUCGUCAUCAAGAAAUCAAGACCAUUUGACAAUAUAAAAUUAAUUUCAACUGUCCCUAGCCAUUCCACAAGCAAUUCUUCUUCUGGAGGUUUUAAUUAUGACAAUGAUGAUGUUGAUUAUGAAUAUGAUGAAGAUGUAGAUCAUAUUCGCAAACAAAGAUUGAUUUCAAAGGAAAAGAAUGCUAAUAAAUUAGUUCAAAUCAAAGGAGACGGCAGACAGGAGGUUGCAUCUUCGCCUAUUUCAAUAUCAGAAUAUGAAGAAACAGACAAUGCGCUAGAUUCAGUUGAGUAG